GCAACGACAAGAUGUACACCGAUAAGUUCUUUGAGACUAUGCUAGUGAUGUGCACUUUUCUUAGAUUUUAAUCCUGUUUGGUAUUCAGGAAAAUGGACUGUAACACAAAUUAAAGUACAUUUCCGACAGUUUAAUUAUAGGUCAUAGUGAUAAAAUGUGAUUAAAACGAAGGGGGUGUUUUAGCCUAGAUAUACACGUCAUACUUUCGACAUAGAGAUACUAUUGAUGAUCUGAUAUCAGAGAAAAUGGCGACCGCCAGUCCAGGUCAAGCUUCGCCGGCAAAGGCGCAGCAGAAUCGUUGCCGUCUUUUUCGUCUGCAAAUGCUGAUUAUUGACGGCGGACUACAAAUACUAAGAAACAUUUUUGAUAAGAAACUUCAAAAUGUUUCUCUAAGCGCAUUUUUGCAACAAGAGAGGUCAACAAUAACCAAAUUAAGAUCACGCGGAAUAAUUACUCAGGUGCAAUAUGAUCUACUGUUUCCAUCAGGUGGCAGCGGUCCAGCUACAACAGACCUAGACAUCACGUUAAUCAUAUGUCUCCUUAGGAACAUCAAGUAUUUCGGGCUGAACAAGAAGUUCCAAUGGAACUCAAUUCCUGCACAAGGUGAUACUUCAGUUGAGGCUGAUAUUUCUCGUCUGAAAAUAUACAGGAACGAGCUCAGUCACAUAUCUUCAACAAGUGGAAUAACGCUGAUUGUCUUCACAACAAAGUGGACCGAGAUCGAGCAGGUUCUUUUGAGGUUGAACACGGCGGUGUCACCCAUACCAGACCUACAAAAGAUGAUUGAUGACUUUAAAGUGAAUCCACUCGAUCCACAGGCGGAGAUAAGGGUUCAGAAGGCCAUAGACAGUUGGCAAACGUUGGAAAAGGGGGUAGAAGCUGAUUUAAAACUGUUGAAAAUGGAGGACGAGAAGAUAAAAUGUACUCUAAAAGUGCAAGAUCAAACCACGAAAAAGCAUGCACAGAGUAUUGAUGAAUUAAAGAAGAAGACGUGUGAACAUGAUGAACAAAUACAUGACCAUGCUAAACAAAUACAAGAAUUGAAGCUAAAGGAAGAAACUAGAAAAGAUGACAAAGCAGAUACAGAGUCAACAUAUGAAGAAAGUAAAAAAAAACUGAAGGAUGAACUCAUCAUAUGGUACAACACAAAUCAAAGUACAGUUCCUCUUUCACCACUCACAGAUGAUCCCCAUACCCCUCUGGCUGGGUUCUACAUUAUGCCAGAAAUUGACAUACAGACUUAUCUAUCAGGCGGAAGGAAAGAAACAACUAGGGUCAAGUCGUUACAGGACCUGUUUACAUGUGGAAGAAAAGUUCCACGGGAAAUAUAUUUAUCAGCAGUUGCUGGAUUUGGGAAAACAGCAUUUUCAAAAUAUCUUGCAAUAACAUGGUGUCAAGCUCAUAAAAAAGAUGAAAAUUAUAAGCAUUUUAAAAAAGAAGAAUUAAAAGCUUUAUCUGGCUUUGAGUUUUUAUUUCUAGUGCUAUUGAGAGAUUCAACUGAAGUCUGUGAUGUCGACGACAUGAUUGAACAACAAGUCAUUCAAUACCUUCCGUGCUCAUCUUCAUUGCCAAAAGGUCUAUUAAAGGACAUUCUACGAGAUGAAAAAUGUCUUGUUAUAUUAGAUGGACUAGACGAAUGGACACAUCCUGACAACGAUUGUACAAAACUUCCUAAAGUUAUUCCACAUCGAUAUGCACGUGAAAAGUGUAUAAUCUUGACAACGACCCGGCCGUGGAAGCUUGGAGUCUCAAACUUAAAGACAAGUCAAAUGGACAAAAUAAUAGAGCUAGUUGAACUAAAUGAAGAUAAUGCAUGGAAGUUUAAGCUUAACACAAUGAAAAUAUUGAUAGGCAACAUUGAAGAUGGUGAGCUGAAAAAUGAAGUGUGUAGAUUUGAAGAAGAAAUCAAUGACCAUGACCUUGAAGAUAUGGAAUACACCCCUCUCCUGUUACUCUAUCUUAUAUGCUUAUGGGUUGAAAAAAUUCCAAUUGGAAAUUCUGCAGUUGAAUUAUAUACAGGCAUUAUUCAACUCCUUCUAUCUAGAACAGAAAAGUUACAUGGAAAGUUUCAUUCAUCAUGUGAAAAAUAUCUGAAUAACGUUCCCGAAUGCUUUAGAACACAUCAACAUUUUUGUAGGUACUACAUGUUUUUGGUGACCAUUGGGAAACUUGCUUUUUAUACACUAUUCAGUAAGAAAAAGGAGCACACAUUAGUUUUUGAUAAAUAUGUUGCAGAAAAAUAUCUAAACCAAGAAGAUUUGAAAUCAAGCUGUCUAUCAGGAAUAUUAUCAGAAAGUAAAGUGAAAACAUUAAUAAAUGAAAGUUCUAAAAUCUCAUUUUCACAUAAAACAGUGCAGGAAUACUUUUCAGCAAUAUUUAUAAGUUUUCAAAAUUCAGGUGAAGUUCAAAAAAUCAUCUUUAAAGAGUGCAACUGCUUACAAAAUAUUCUAGACAUGUCAAAAGUGUUUACCUUUAUUAGUUACAUGAACCCUGAAUUAAUGUCUACAAUAUCAAGUGAUUUAAUGCCUGUGAUAAACAAUGAUGAAAAAACAAGCAAAUACAGAACUCUGACAGGUUAUGAUAACAUGUACAUUGAUCCAUUACAAGACAUACAAGACAUGUACAUUUCUUGUGCCAAAGAAAGCCAGGAAAACAAAGACCUCAAAUUGUGUUUACAAGAUUUCUUCAUUAGUGAAAAAUGUCAACAAGAAAACUACUUCAAACAAUUACAAUGUCUGUGUCAACAAAAUAAAGAAAAUAUAAAAUCAAUAAUGAUAGAAAAUGAAGGUAUUUGUAGUCUACAAGAAAUUAUCAGUUUGUUUACACUCUCUGACCUUCCACAUAUAGAGAAAUUAUUGUAUAGAGGUGAAAUUGUAGAAGAGGAAAUAAUGAGCUUGUUAUUGAACCCUUUAAAAUGUUUAACUGUGAUAUCAAGUAAAUGGGAAAAUCAUGACUUUGUAGAAGAAGAUUGCCAGCUGUCUGCAGAGAUAAAUGGACGACUGGUAAAAUUACAACACCUGGAGUGUUUAUAUAUAGACUGUUUCACUAUGAGCCACGAGGUAAUGGAGACAUUGUUAAAUUUCCUCACUAGUAAAAAAUCAAUGAAAGAAAUAUCAUUGUACAGUUUAUACUGUAGUGAUCACAAGAAUACUUCAUGUAGGGGAUUCAACCUUGACCUGUCUCAACAUUCACAACUAAGAUAUUUAGGAUUGGCCAGGAUACCUGUGUCACAAUUAAACAUGGAUGUAUCAUUGUUAGAGGAAUGUCGUGUAGGUGAAUUAUAUAAACCUGGUGUUGUGUCAUCUUAUCUCAGUCAACUACCAGCAGCCAGUAAACUACAAACAUUUUGGUGUAGUGAUCUAGAAUCUUCCAGUGACAUAGAAACAAUGUUACAAACAUUAUCAUUGUUAUAUCAUGUGAAAGUUGUUUGGUUGUGUUACAUCAAUCUAGGUGAAAGAUCAUUAACACUGUCACCUCAAAUGAUCAAUAUUGAACGUGUUGACUUGAUGUAUAUAACAAUGUCUUGUUCAGUGUUAUAUGAUCUCAUUACUGUUAUAAACAAACUACCACAUACAGUGACAGUAUAUAUGUUAGGUUGUGAUAUAAAACCAGAAACAGAAUUUGAAAACUUUAAAACAUUUAUAAAACAAUCAGACAAUUUUGUGGUCACCUAUGAUGACACCGUGCAGUCUGGAGAGUAUGGGUUUGAGUUUAAAACAACAACAAGUACUGAGUAACCUUAAAUGAACUUGUGAGAAACAAUUUAUAAAUAGAUUAUGAGACAAGUGACAGGUGAAAUAGACAUCAUUUUUUAUUUUGAGUCUGACAUUUAAUCAAUACUUUGCUGUACAUAACAAUGUGAUGUGAAUGGAAACUGAUGAUUUUCUUCUUAGGACAACAAAUGUGGAUUAAUUUUAGAUGUGUUUAACCCAACAUUAUGUGCAUUCCUUCUUCCAAGAAAUGGGCAGAUUCACAAACGACUUCAAUUAAUCCAAGAACUGACAUUUAUGUGGAAUUUUCUGUAAUUAUGAUAUGAACAAAAUCAUAGACUACAAAAUGGGUCCUACACAAACAUAAUGUGUCACAUGGGAUUCAUGAACAGUACAUGUAUGGAAUAAUUUUGCGUGCAUACAAGACUGAAGUCACAUAGUGUAAUGAAGUCCAGCAAUUGUUUGAAGAUACUGGUAUUUAUAAAAUAUAUAUAACAGUUCAUAUUAACU